AUGCUGCCACUAUAUAAACCAUUUUACACUAUAAAACACGUUGGUCUCUUCUUCUGGCCGAUCCCGCCCGAGCAGCCGAGUAUCUCCCCUUCCCCCUCACAGCAACUGUCUGAGCGAGGCGUGGCGGCUCCCCCCGCCGCCUUCCGCCUCUUGGUACGCCCCAGAGGGGCCGCGGUGCGCGCCGGGAGUUGGGCGGUGCGCGCCGUCGGUGGGCCGGCCGGUGGAUGCUUGAAUUUCAAGGACCCUGAGGCGGUGAGAGCCCUGACGUGUACCCUCUUGAAAGAGGAUUUUGGUCUGACGAUUGACAUCCCCGUGGAAAGGCUUAUUCCUACCGUGCCCUUGAGGCUGAACUACAUCCACUGGGUGGAGGAUCUCAUCGGCCGCCAGGAUGCUGGCAAGCAAGUCCUUAGGCGAGGCAUCGACAUAGGGACAGGGGCAUCUUGCAUAUAUCCAUUACUUGGAGCAACUUUGAAUGGCUGGUAUUUUCUUGCAACAGAAGUGGAUGAUAUGUGCUUCAAUUAUGCCAAGAAGAACGUGGAACAGAAUAACUUGUCUGAUCUUAUAAAAG